AUGACAGAAUCCUCAUUGGAAAAAGCACAGAAUCCACUGAAACGAAAAAAUAUCCCUGAUGAAGACUCUCGGUCCCUUGACCCGGCCGCGACCCUAUCCUCGAACGCGCCGCCUCCAGACGUCGCUGUCGAAUCUGCAGGAGCCCGUUCCUCACAUGAUACGCCUCAUGACCAGGAGCCAGAGACAUCACAGCCCAAGAAGAACAAGGCGAAUGGAAGGAAGAAAUCGACUGCUUCAACUCCGCAUCCCAAAGCCGCAAAAAGAGGACCCCAUCCGCGCCAUGGCCCGACGCCUUCAAGCGCCUGUCGCAGACCCACCCAAGCUGUGCAGGCCCAGCUUGGGAAGGGACAAGAUCUCACUGUCGAGGAUGUCGCGAGAGUGAAGGUGCUAGUCCCGCGGGCGGUGCGAUUUGAAUACGUGGACGAAGCGCGCUUGGAGGUGAUGACAGCCGGAGAAAAGGACUUGACAGACCAUGGUCGGAAUCGACGUGGUCUGUGGACAGAGGAGGAUCUUCGAAUGCCCAGCUCAGAGGAUGGCGGAGACCAUUCGGGAUUACGACGAGAUGUCCUUCUAUUCGAAUUUGUCGACGGUGAUCUCAAGCGGGAGGUGCCGCAUCCGAAAACUGGCGAGCCAUCUAAACCGGUGCGACGGAUGAAGGAUGAAGACCUGAAAAUGCCGGUCUACAGUCAGAAGCAAAUGCUGGGUCUGAUCGAGAAGCGCAACAAUAAAUUCACAGAUGCCAUUCAUGCCUUCCUCAUACAGUGUGAAGACCAAGGUACCGACCCAGUCGAGAUUUUGGAACAAGAGAAAGACACAUUCCUACCGACGCCACCUGGAAAUGGAGUGACCAGCCCGGCGGUAGCAAAGGCCCCGGCCACGAUUCCCAAAGAGCGCAAGUCAAUCGCUGAGAUAAUUGCGGAAAUUCGGGAGAUGGAGUGGUAUCAUGCCCAGAUUGUCCCGGAGGGUCAUCGAGUGUUUGAUGCUCAGACUCCUGUCUACGGUGACCUGACGUUCCAGCUGUCGCAGGACCUGGUAAAUGCCUUGUACAAUACCAAAAGCAUCACCCAGCUCUAUUCUCACCAGGCCGAAGCGAUCAAUCACUUAUACGAGGGACAUAAUGUGAUCGUGUCUACUUCGACAAGCUCGGGCAAGUCCCUCAUCUACCAGAUCCCCAUGCUCCAUGAGCUGGAAAAAGAACCUGAUAGCAGGGGCAUGUACAUAUUCCCGACCAAAGCGUUGGCACAAGACCAACGGCGAAGUAUGAUGGAUCUCCUUCAGUAUAUGAACGGACUCCAGCAUACGAUGGUGGAAACCUUUGACGGAGACACACCAUUUGCGAGCCGAAACCUCAUUCGUGACGAGGCGCGGAUCAUCUUCACGAAUCCUGACAUGCUACACAUAACUAUCUUACCACAAGAAAAUGCCUGGCGUACUUACCUGAAAAAUCUGAAGUUCGUGGUUGUUGAUGAACUUCAUGUCUAUAACGGAUUGUUCGGAUCUCACGUUGCCUUGGUCAUGAGACGACUCCGGCGAAUCUGUGCUGCGGUGGGAAACCGACACGUCAAGUUUAUCUCAUGCUCUGCUACUGUUGCAAACCCCGAGGAACACAUGAAAUCUAUCUUCGGCGUGCAAGACGUCAGGUUGAUUGAUUUUGACGGGUCUCCGUCGGGCCGCAAAGAGUUCAUUUGCUGGAAUACCCCAUUCAAGGACCCAGCCGACCCAACCUCAGGACGCGGUGAUAGCGUUGCUGAGACUGCGCGUCUGUUUUGCCAAUUGGUUCUUCGAGGAGUGAGAGUGAUUGCUUUCUGCCGGAUCAGAAAGCUCUGUGAGAUUCUCCUACAAGCAGUUCGGAACGAAUUCCAAGCACUUGAGAGGCCAGAGAUCGGCAAGAUGGUUAUGGGUUACCGUGGCGGAUACAGCCCUCAAGACCGACGACGAAUCGAGAAAGAAAUGUUCGAAGGCAAACUAAUGGGAAUUGUUGCAACAAAUGCCCUGGAACUGGGCGUUGAUAUUGGAUCUCUCGAUGCAGUGAUCACCCUAGGCUUUCCCUACUCGAUAUCCAAUUUGCGUCAGCAAAGUGGCCGAGCCGGACGGCGCAACAAAGACUCGCUGUCUGUGCUUGUCGGAGACCGGUAUCCCACCGACCAGCACUACAUGCAGAACCCAGACGAGAUCUUCACGCGGCCGAAUUGUGAGCUGCAGAUUGACCUAGCCAAUGAGCUUAUUCUGGAAGGCCACGUCCAGUGCGCGGCAUUCGAGAUGCCUAUCCGCCCAGACGAAGACAGCAUCUACUUUGGCGAGCAAAUCUUCGCGCUUACGGCAACACGCCUGGUCAAGGAUAGCAUGGGGUUCUAUCACUGCCACGAGCGGUUCCGACCACAGCCGUCCCGUUGCAUCUCAAUCCGCGAUACCGAGGACCAGCACUUUGCAGUCAUCGACACGACGAACAACCGCAACGUCGUCCUCGAAGAAGUCGAAGCAUCGCGCGCAUUCUUCACCAUAUACGAGGGUGGCAUCUUCCUUCACCAGGGCCAGACGUAUCUCGUACAAGAACUCAACCCAGAACGCCACUUUGCGCGCGUCGUCCGCGUCCACGUCGACUGGAGCACGAUGCAGCGCGAUUUCACAGACAUCGACCCGAUCGAAACGGAAACCAUGCGGUCCGUCGGCUCCGACCCGAACGCUUCCCGCGCCUUCUUCGGCUCCGUCCAGAUCCACGCCGUCGUAUACGGCUUCUUCAAGAUCGACAAGCGUGGCCGCGUGCUCGACGCCGUCGCCGUCGAUAACCCGCCCAUCGACCUCCUGACCAAGGGCAUGUGGCUCGACGUGCCCAGCCGCGCCAUCGAGAUCCUGCAAUCGCACCGGCUCAACAUCGCCGCUGCCAUCCACGCCGCCGAGCACGCCGUCGCCAAGAAGGAACUCGGCCGGCCCCUCCGCCGCGCCACCGAUUCCCUGUCCGACGCGGAUCUCCAGAAGAUCCUGCAGCCGCCGUCGCGCCAGCGCCCCGCUCGUCUGACCUUCUACGACGCCAAGGGCGGCUCCUGCGGCUCCGGCAUCGCGGCCAAGGCAUUCGAGUUCGUCGGCCUGCUGCUCUGCCGCGCGGUGGCGCGCAUCGAGGCUUGCGCGUGUCUCUCGCCGCAGGGAUGCGUGGAGUGUGUGUGCGACGAGCGGUGCAAGGAGAUGAACGUCGUCAUGAGCAAGGCCGGCGCCGGCGUCAUCCUGCGGUGUCUGCUUGCGUGGGACGUGGACGUGGACGGCCUGCCGUGGGGCGAGGAUGUCGAAGGAGAGGGUUUCGGCGUUGGCGGUGCGGGUGAGCUAGCUGGCGGCCUGGAGACGGUCGUCAGGGCCGAGGAAGUCCCGUGGAAAGCGGGGUGUAGUCCAGAUGGGGAGCAGAGUCGGCCGAUAGAGGGGGACUUGUAG